CUGCCGCCUGAGAGUUUGCAACGCUCCCGGACCCGGAUCCCAUCUCUCCACCGAUCCAAUCCUUCUCUCCCCGGUCUCCGCCGGGACUCCACGCCGGACCCGAUGGGCCGCCGCCCCCGCAAGCGCCGCCGCCGUCACCCCGCGGCCGCGGCCGGGGAGGGUCCCGACUGCUUUUCCCACCUCAACGAGGACCUCCUCCGCAGCAUCCUCUCCCGCAUCCCUACCCGCUCCGCCGCCAUGCUCGCCGCCGUGUCCCGCCACUUCCGCAAGGAGAUCCCCCCGCUCCUCGAACGCGUCGACUCGCUCACCCUCCACGAGCCCCACGCCCACCCCCCUCUGCGGACCACCCCGCCGCUCAUCCUCCGCCGCCUCGCUCUCGCCCCGCACCGCGCCAUCCCGCCCUCGUCCUUCCGCCCGAUCCUCGACGAUGCCGCCCAGCACGGCCUCUCCGAGCUUGCCUUCCGCCUCACACGCCGCAAGCGGCUGCCCAGGAACGUGCUGUCCGUGAAAUCCCUCGCCGUGCUCGACCUCGAUACAUGCGCCGUGCCUGCGUGGUCCCACGUCGCGUGCCCCUGCCUCCGCACCCUCAGGCUCCACCGCGUAGCCAUCCGCCAGGAGAUCAUCAACAAAAUCCUCGCCUCCGCGUCAUGCCUGGACACGCUCGAGAUGGUGUACUGCACGGGUCUCGGUACGGGCAGUGGCGGCGGCUGCACGGUGGAGUCGUCAUCCGUAAGGAACCUCGUGUUCAGGCCGACGCUGAAGCUAGCGCAGACCACAAUUAGAGCGUCGGCGCUGAGAACGGUGACCCUGUACACGCGGGGUAAGGUGAAGAGACUGGAGCUGGCGCCUGCACCGGAGGUCAGGAAGGCGUACCUGCACAUCGCCAAAGCGCUGACAACACAGGAGUCGUUCAGGGUUCGUCCGUUCCUUGAUGCUGGUGUGAGGCUGGAGUGCCUCACGCUUAGAGGCCACGCUAUGAAGGUGUUAUCAUCUGAAUAUGAAGAUAUUCCAGAGUUGACUGUUAUGUUUCAAGAUUUGAGGAUACUGUCAGUGAGCUUAGAUCUCUCAAGCGCACAAGAAACUGUUUUCCUGCUAAAGCUGCUUGAGAGUUGCCCUAACCUACAGAAAUUCAGUCUUUUGGCUGCUGGAACAGACAAUGACAAGUAUCUGCCCCCUUUCACCGGUCACAAGGAGAAGCUGGCGAGUAUAUCUUGCCUGACUACCAGCUUGGUGGAAUUCAAGUUUCGUGGGUUCAGGCCUCAACAAUAUCAAAAGGAACUGAUGGUUUUUCUGCUAACCCAAGGAAAGAAGCUCAAGAAGGUGGAGGUGGAGUUUGAGAAGGGCCAAGCAGAUGCUGUGAAGAAGAUUCUUUCUGUUAAAAGAGCACCGAUUAAGACGACAUCUAGCAAGUAUGGAAGCCACUACAUGGUGUUGGAUUAUUCUUGAUCUAGUUCGUAUAGAACUGGUAGGGUUUGCGCCUUUGUGAACGGCAUUCCAUAUACAUAAUAAAUGGCAUAUGUGUUGGGUCAAAAACCUCAUAUGCUUUAUUGCCUCA